AUGGGACGGUCAGAUGAUGCGAACUACUCUCCUUGCUUUGUCACUACCACCACCACCACCAUGUCCCAAGCUGAGUACCCGACCUACGAUACCAAGGGCAUGCCCUUCCGAAAACUGGGACCCAGUGGUCUCCGGGUCCCUUUGCUCUCUCUUGGCGGCUGGCUUACUCUGGGCGGAUCUGUUACUGGAGACCCCGUGAAGGAGAUCAUCAAGGCUGCGUUCGAUAAUGGCAUCAAUAUGUUCGAUACCGCAGAGGCUUAUGCGGGGGGCAAAUCCGAGCUCGAGAUGGGACGAGUGAUCAGGGAACUCGGCUAUAAACGGUCCGACCUGAUUAUCUCUACCAAGAUCUUCUGGGGACUGCGCAGCGGCCCCAACGCUUCUGGGCUGUCUCGCAAGCAUGUCAUCGAGGGAACCAAAGACGCGCUCGAACGUCUGCAGAUGGACUACGUCGACGUGAUCUUCGCGCACCGGUGUGAUAGAACCGUCCCCAUGGAGGAGAUUGUGCGCGCAUUCAACUUUGUUAUCGAUCAAGGAUGGGCUUUCUACUGGGGAACCUCGGAAUGGAGUGCGGGAGAGAUCGAAGAGGCGCAUCAUAUCGCGACCAAAUUCAAUCUCAUCGCACCGAUCGCUGAACAGGUGCAACACAAGCAAGUUCCAUUCUUUUCGCAGCUUGUCAUCUUCUCAACCCUCGCGCUCACAGUAUGUUCCAUCGAGAACGCGCUGAAAAGGAAUAUGCGUUCCGGUUUGUAUCGCAAAUAUCAGUACGGGACUACUCUCUGGUCGCCGCUUGCAUCUGGUCUCCUCACUGGCAAGUAUAACAACGGCAUCCCACCCGACUCCCGCUUCGCUCGUGAAGCGAUGUUCAAGAGCCGGGCCGACGACCUACAGAGAGAGGCGGGUCUAGAGAAGAUCGAGAAGGUCAAGAAACUUACCAAGAUCGCCGAAAGUCUCGAUUCCACUCCCACCGCGCUAGCGCUGGCGUGGCUAGCCAAGAACCCCAACACCUCGACCAUUAUUUUGGGCGUCACCUCCGUCCCGCAGCUUCUGGAGAACCUUGAAGCCCUCAAAGUACUGCCCAAGAUCACAAAGGAGCACCUGGCCGAGAUCGAAGAGAUUCUCCAGAAUCAACCAACCGCGAAUGAAAAGUACAGCCGUCCGCCACUCGAUCCGCACGGCAGACCGUUCCUGGAUGUCUACGGCAGACUUUGAGUUGCUUCGCAGUAUAUGUACAUCGUAGAGGAGAUAUAGUGAAAUCAGAGCUCGAACAAGAAAUCUUCUCCCUCUACAGUCUCGAACUUCAACGCGGCACCGAAAGAAUCAUGACCGACACCCUGCCGGCCAGCUUUAGGUGCGCCACUGACUGCGGCCCGAGGCCUUCCCGUAGCAGCGACAGGCUUCACGGUUCUCGCACUCGGCACCGUCGGUCGCGAGAUGCCAGUCGAUCUCGUCGUAGCCACGACCGGUUUCUUUGCUACCGCAAGCCGGGGACCAGGAGCAGACCUCGUCGUGACGGCCGCUGCAGAUCGGGUUCGAGUCGUAGCAGUCGAGAUGGAGCGCGAAGGCCCAGGAACGACAGGCUUCCGCGGACCGUUUUUCGUCGGUGGAGCACGAGGUUUGACAUGAACGGCGAACGGGUCAUCAGGCUCGAGUGCUGAGCAGAUAUCAGCGGCCGCGAGCAGCACAUGCAGAGUAACGCACGGAUUUCAGGGCGUGCAUCGUCGCCCAUAGGGAACGAGCGCGUCAUCUGCAGCAGGCUUCUGCCAACCUGACCGUAGUCGGGCAGCGCAAAGUCGAAGGGCGGUGCGUAGUCUGUAGCAGCCACGGGUGGUGGCAUGUACUCGAUCUCAUCGUAGUCGUCGUCCGGCGUCCCAACACCAACCCCCUCGGUCCCCGGCUCGGGGAGCACGGCGGCGGGACUGUCAAUCACCUCCCACGGGUUUCCGUUCACGGCGGGCGUGCGAAACGCGUGCUUCGUGUUCCCAGCACUGAGGCGUGGUGUGCGGAUGUGCUUGCGCGUCGCGCUGGGCAGGGGACUCGGUUCGAGCGUCGCGGUCGAAGUAGGCUGUGGCUUUUCGACGAGAACUAGUUUGGCGAGCUUCUCAUCGCUGGGGGCCGUGGGAUACGUCGCUUGGCGGUUCACGAAGGGCGUUUUAUCGCCCAUCGCGAGGCGGGUAACGAGCGGGUUCUUUGACGCCGCGCCAUCUUUCAUUCGCUGAGUCUCUGGGUUGGAAGAUGGUUCAGAGAUGAGAAGACCGUCCGAACGAUCUCUGCAAGACACGAGUCGCUUUGGAAAAGGACUACAUACGAAGAGACAUUGGCGGCGCUUGUUUCCCCUUCCCAUGCCCCGUCAUGAGAGCCUUCUGCCUCAUUGCAUUCUCUCUCCCAGGCGUUUUGGCGUUCGCCAGCAUUCGUGCGUCGAUAGGGCGGGAGGAUAGCAUAGUCGCCGCCAGCGUCAAGGUUGGUAGACAACAUGUGACCGCAUACACGGUGGGAUGACGAGAUCAGGAUGGAGUCCCGUGACCUUAAUCACGUGCAAAGACCGAUUUCCAGGAACCUAUUCCUCGGGGGUGGUGUUCAAUU